UUAACAAGUUCCCGCGUAUAUACCUGUAUCUAGUCUGUUAUUUAGUUUAUGUGUUCAAGGCGUAAUGACGUGCGUGAUUAUGUGAAUUUAAUUGUUUUUCCGCCGGCAUCCAUUGAACCAAUUUAACAACAAUAACAAAUGAACAACAAAGAAGGAAUUUAUAUAAAACUUGUAUCGUACUAAACAUUUGUUCAUCUGUGGAAACGAUAACAAUAAAAAUGGCGGAUAUACCGGACGAAGCGAAAUGCAUAGUGCAAACAGAAGACGGUCCUAUUUGUGGAUAUUGUGAAAAGACUGACGAAGGUACUUGUUACAAGUUUAAAAGUAUACCGUAUGCUAAACCACCAGUAGGCCAGUUGAGAUUUCUGCCCCCAACUCCAAUACCACCAUGGACAGAAGUACUAGACUGUACGAAAGAUGCUCCAAUGCCUAUCUGCCGAUCAGUUUACGAUUGCAUCAGUGGAUCAGAAGACUGCCUGUACAUUGAGCUCUCUACACCAAGUCUUAAGCCUGAAAAACCAUUACCAGUAAUGUUUUGGAUAGGAGGGUAUGGCUACACAUCUGUCCUAGACCCCAUAUUAGAUGCCACGUUGCUCAAUUACCAAAAUGUUAUAUUCGUAAGGUGUGGCCACAGAACGGGUCCUUUUGGAUUCCUCUCCAUAAAUGACUACGCUGCACCAGGAAACUGUGGACUCAAGGACGUAGUAAUGGCCCUAAAAUGGGUCCAACGAAACAUAAGCACCGUUGGCGGUGACCCAAACAAUGUCACAAUUUUCGGAGGCUCUUCAGGGGGAGCCAUGGUCAACUUUAUGAUGUUAUCACCAAUGGCUACUGGAUUGUUUCACAAACUCAUCAUACAGAGUGCCAGUGUUUUGAAUAACUGGUCCUUAGCAAAGAACCCUUCACAAGGUGUUAUAGAACUGGCAAAAAUACUCGGCAUUAAGAAGUCAUCCAAGCAGGAAAUCGUUGAGGAGUUACGAAGGAUCCCCGCCGUGGAUAUCACCGAAGCUUUUCGAAACUUCAACGUUGGGUUUAGCGAAGGUGUCGAAAGCGAUUUAUUUGAUUCUGUAUUCAAACCCUGUAUUGAAGUAGACCUAGAAGGACAAGCUUCAUUUAUCACAAAGAGUCCAAUAGUAAUUCUAAAAUCUGGUAAUUUUAAUAAAGUACCGUGUAUUAUCGGAAGUAAUAAUAUAGAGGGUGCAGUUUUGCAAUACGUUGUAGACAAUUUUUGUUCAAAUUUUGAAAGGUAUACUGAUAACAUCAAAUUGCUUGUGCCUCGAGAACUGGCGAGAAGAGACAGAAUGUCUGACAACAUAGCCCAUCAGAUACUGAAGUUUUAUUUAGAUGGAGAAGAACAUUUGAGUGAAAAAAAUAGAAGCCAGUAUUUGCAAUUGAUUAGUGAUUAUUACUUUUUAUAUUAUGUUAAUAAAACUGUGAGACUACUGUGUGAAUUUGCGCCCUCGGUUCCAAUAUAUUACUACAUACUGAACUAUGCCGGAGAAUGGGCAGUGCCUGAGAGGUUAAAUUUCUUCAACUCUACUGGGCAUGGAGCGGAGUUACCGUUCCUGUUUCGUAUCAAAAUGCCAGAAGUCUGCAAGGGUAGUCCAGAUUCAAUAACUACUAGGACAAGAGUGAUCAAAAUGUGGACUAAUUUCGCUAAAACAGGAAACCCAACACCAGAUCCAGAUGACCCACUGCUCUGGAUAACUUGGGACCCAGUGGAAAGCAAAGAAAAAAUAAAUUAUCUCAGUAUAGGACAAGAGUUGACAAAGGGUAGGAACCCCUUUCAGGAACGGAUGAAGUUUUGGGAUGAACUGCAUAAGGAACACAUGUUUUUAAGAGCUUUAGUACACUUUAAUGACUCAGGAUAUUCUGUAUAAAAUCAGCAUCAGCCUGUAACUGCCCUCAUGUGCAAAGGUCUCACACGGAGAAAGAAUGAGCAUUAAUCACCACGCUUGGCUAAGACGGAUCGGUGAUUUCAAACAUAUAAUUUGAAAUUGUACUGUUUCCUCACAUAUAUCAGUGAUACUUGGAUUGGAAAAAGUGACGUUGAUCGGUAUUCUGCCAGGUAUGGAACCCGUAUCCUCAUUAGAGAAGCAGAUACUGAAGACAAUAUUAAUAGGUAUAAUGUUAUUAUAAUGUUUAAACAUUUUGUGAUGAUCUGAAAUUAUUUUUGCGUCCCAAUAUACAAUGUAAACAUGA